UUUGAGACAGCACUAUCUACACUACUGCUAGCACACCAGCUACUAAUAAUGGUUACUUUAUACACAGGAGAGGUUUUCUAACAGCACUGUGACAUAACAGCAAGUUGGGGUGAAGUAAGAUGUUGUCCUUCAUUUCCUGGUUUGUACCAAGUUUACCUACUUGGCUAACACCGGACAUCAGUCCUUUGGAAUGUAUUUUACAAGGAAUUGUAGGUGCUUGUGGGAUUUAUGUGCUUUGUAACCUUUUAAGAGUUCACUUAUUCAUCGAAACACAAAGUACUGCAGACAGCAAAGAUGAACCUAAGAAUAAGACUGGUCGUAUUGGUGGUCUCACAGAAAGACUUCAGUUCUGGAUCCUGACAGCUACCUUUGGCUUUGUGGGUUCUCGAGUUGCAUCACUAGUGGUGCUUGAGUUUAUUCUUAGAGCAAUUUCAUCACGGUUUCAAUCACCAUCAGACCAGCAGAGUGAUUCUUUACUACAGCUGUUAGUCCAGUGCCAGUUUUCUUUGGGCUGUGCAUUCAACUGUGGUCUUCAUUUUCUCCAUGAGGGGGCGCCACAGGCCUGGCUAAGUCUCCUCCUGGCUGCAGCAUUGAGCUGGUUCUUGGCCAGCCAGUGUUCCAGAUUGUGGAAUCACGUAAUGGUGAUGUACCCAAUACACAGCACCCAGCGCUACUGUGGUGUCUGUAUUAGCCUUCUGACCCAUGGCACCUCCAUUGUACCCUUUCUUUGCAGCGCCUUAAUUCUAACAUUUAGUGUGGCUGGCUUUGCUGCCAUAUCAAGCAUCAAUCAGCAUUUCCUUUCAACUUCUGAGGCCUUAAGGUUCUGGACACCACUCACAAUCUGCUACACUCUUCUGAUUGUCUACAUGCAUGAGGAGCAGAACCGACAGUCCAGUGGCCAGGCUCUUCUGAACGCAGUGAUAGUGCGCCUGGGUGGCCUACUAGUGUUAAUGCUCACUGUGGGUAGAUGGGCAGAUGUGCUUCACAUUCUGGUGUGCUUUAUUGGAGAAGCGACAUGUCUAUUGCCAGCUUAUGACCUACUGAGUGGCAUAUCAAAGGAUGUUGCAGACGUUUCCAGGGAUUAUGUGACAAAUAGAAACCAGAGAAGACAACAAAAAACAGACAAAAAUGAUUGAGCCUGGAAAAGCCACCCAUUUGUAUAACUGAAUAAGUUAUGCUAAUAGAUUCUAUGGUUAAAAUGGCCUCUCUGUUUACCCUGAUAGCACACUGAUUAGGACAUCUGUAUUGUCUAAAUCAUUCAUAUUAACAAUAUUCAAACUGUGGGGCAGGCCCCCAUUGGGGAACUUGUACUUUUGCAAUGAUUUUUAACUAAAAUGUAUAGGCAUUGUAUUAUUCAAGUAUCAUUGUAUUAUUUAUAUAUAAAAAAUACAUUAAAAGGCUGAUUUUUACAUUUAACAGAAAA